GCUGUUAAUUUAUUUGGAAUACAGCGUUACCGCAAGUGUUUUGGAACUUGUUUACGUAUCGGACUGUAAAAUACCGUUUGACAGAUUACUAAAGUUGUUCAGAUGAAAAUAACGUCAAACACGUUAUAACAUUGAAACAUGUUCGUGUAUUUGAGUAAAAAGAUUGCCAUCCCCAACAACACCAAGUUGCGAUGUGUGAGCUGGAACAAAGAGCAGGGUUACAUAGCCUGUGGAGGGGAGGAUGGACUGCUAAAAGUGCUCAAACUGGAGACACAGUCUGGCAAGGAUGUGAAAGCAAAAGGUUUGGCUGCUCCCAGCAACCUGUCCAUGAAUCAGACGCUAGAAGGGCACAGUGGAACAAUAACCAGUAUAGCCUGGGCCCCAGUAGAUAGUCUCAGGUACGCUCGAAUGUCAACUGGGGACGCCCAUGGGAAAGUGUCUGUGUGGGUCAAACACAGAUUUGGAGCUGUCCAGGUGGUGACAUGGAAUGGUCAGCACCAUAAACUGACCACUAGUGAUCAAUAUGGCCUCAUUAUUGUCUGGAUGCUGUACAAAGGUUCUUGGUAUGAAGAGAUGAUCAACAACCGUAACAAGUCUGUGGUGCGUAGCAUGGCCUGGAACGCGGAUGGACAGAAGAUCUGUAUUGUGUAUGAGGACGGAGCUGUCAUCGUUGGCUCAGUGGACGGAAACAGGAUCUGGGGCAAGGAGCUCAAGGGAAUACAGCUCACAUAUGUUGAGUGGUCACCUGACGGGAAGUUGCUGCUGUUUGGAAUGGCUAAUGGAGAGAUCCACAUAUAUGACAACCUGGGAAACUUCAUUUCAAAGCUGAACAUCUACUGCCUGACGAACUGCACAGGUGCCCUGCGUAUAGCAGGGGUCCAUUGGUACAACGGCAGUAACGGCUACGUAGAGCUAGGCUGCCCCUCCCUCGCUAUCUGCUUUGACAACGGCAGGUGUCAGAUCAUGAGGUCAGAGGUCGAUGAAAAUCCAGUCCUGAUUGACACAGGUAUGACUGUAUGUCAGAUUGCCUGGAACCACAACGGCUCAGUGAUGGCGGUGGCAGGCUCCCAGAAAGCCAUUGGGCAGGACAAGGAUGUCAACGUUGUGCAGUUCUAUGGGCCCUAUGGAGAGCACCUGCGCACGUUGAAGGUACCAGGCAAGCAGAUGUACUCAUGUUCCUGGGAAGGGGGCAGCCUCCGCGUGGCCUUGGCCGUAGACUCCUUUAUCUACUUCGCAAACAUCAGGCCUGACUAUAAGUGGGGCUACUGUUCCAAUACAGUGGUGUACUCGUUCACAAAGCCAGACCGGGCAGAGCACUGUGUGGUUUUCUGGGACACCAAGAAUGGGGAGAAGUACAUCAAGUAUGUGAAGAACCUGAUCAGCAUCACAGCGUGUGGGGACUAUUGCUGUCUGUCUACCAGGGCAGACGAACUCACCAACCAGUAUGUGCUGGUCCUGUGCAACUCUAUUGGGACACCCCUCGACUCCAAGUAUAUUGAAAUAGACCCGGUCUACCUUACUAUGACUAAGACCCACAUCGUUGCUGCCUCCAGGGAGGCGUUCUACACCUGGCAGUUUAAGAACCCCAAGAAGCUCUCCACACUGGAGGUGGCAGGACGCAGGAAGACUGGCACUGAGAGACUUCACCACAUAGAUGACCACCCUACAGGAGGUGCUGCCCUGGAGGAGGUAGACUUCAGUAAGGCCUUCACCAACACUGAGGACCAGAUCUGUUGUAUCACCGCCUCAGACAAGCUCCUCAUUGUGGGUCGUGAGUCUGGCACACUGAACCGCUACUCCAUGCCGAUGCUGUCCCUGACCCAGAAGUACGCCCUGGAGUGCCGCCCCCACCAGCUCUCCCUCAACUGCACGUCCAGUCGCCUGGCGAUCAUUGACAUCAGUGGUGUGCUGACCUUCUUUGACCUUGACACCAAGAUGACUGACCCUGAUGGCAAGGAAGUGAUCGGGGAGCACCUGAAGUUUGAAAGGAAAGAUGUGUGGGACAUGCGCUGGGCUGAGGACAACAAUGAGCUGUUUGCGAUGAUGGAGAAGACGCGGAUGUACAUCUUCCGCAGCCUGGACCCCGAGGAACCCAUCCUGAGCAGUGGGUACAUCUGUCAGUUCAACGACCUGCAGAUCAGGACUGUCCUCCUGGACGAGAUCAUGAGAGACCCGGAGAACCCUGCCAAGGAACUCAUGCAGGAGAUGGAGAUCAAGUCUCUGCGUGACACACGUGACCUGCUGGAGAAGAUCGGUCUGCCGGAUGCCCAGCAGUUCAUAGAGGACAACCCCCACCCCCGCCUGUGGAGGCUGCUGGCAGAGUCAGCCUUGGAGCAACUACAGCUCAAGGUCGCAGAGCAGGCCUUUGUCAGGUGUAAGGACUUCCAGGGCAUAGAGUUUGUCAAGAGACUUGGUAACCUUCAGAAUGAGAACAUGAAGCAGGCAGAGGUGGCUGCGUACUUCCGGAGGUUUGAUGAGGCAGAAAGGAAGUACCUUGACAUGGACCGCAGGGACCUUGCUGUGAGCCUGCGUAAGAAACUUGGAGACUGGUUCCGUGUGGUACAGCUGCUUAAGACUGGGUCUGGUGGUGACGAUCUACAGCUGGAGGAGGCUUGGAACGCCAUAGGGGACUACUAUGCUGACAGGCAGAAAUGGCAGCAGGCUGUGACGUACUACGUGCAGGGCAGGAACCAGGAACGGUUGGCUGAGUGCUACUACAUACUGGAGGACUACACAGGCCUGGAGAAGAUGGUCUCCAGUCUGCCAGAGAACCACAAACUGCUGCCGGAGAUAGCCUCCAUGUUCAUGACUGUGGGCAUGUGCAACCAGGCUGUCGAUGCAUACAUCAAGUGCAACCACAUCAAGACUGCCAUAGAUUGCUGUGUGAGUCUGAACCAGUGGAACAUGGCCAUAGACCUGGCCAAGACCCACAAUGUGCGUGAGAUAGACUCCCUGCUGGCCAAGUACGCCCAGCACCUCCUAGAGAAAAACAAGAUUAUCAAUGCUAUAGAGCUCUACAGGAAGGCUGGGCACUACCUCGAGGCUGCCAAACUGCUCUUCAAGAUUGCCAAUGAGCAGAGAGAAAAGAAGCAGAAGCCUCUGCAUAUCAAGAAGCUGUACGUGCUGGGAGGGCUGCUGGUGGAGCAGUACCAUGAACUCAUGAAGAUGACCUCCAGAGCCAAGGUCAAGGACAAGCGAGGGGCAAUGGCAAGCUCUGCCCUGGCAGGGUUUCUUGAGGAGGACACAGCGGCUGUGUCAGAUGGCAAGCUGAUAGAGAACGCUUGGCGCGGGGCUGAGGCCUUCCACUUCUACCUGCUGGCUCAGAGGCAACUACAGGAAGGCUAUGUGGACCUUGCCAUGAAGACAGCUCUAGGACUGAGAGAGUAUGAGGAUGUACUGGACCCAGCAGACAUCUACUCACUGCUAGCAUUGACUUCAACAGCAAACCGUGCGUUCAGGAUCUGUUCCAACGCUUUCAUCAAACUGGAGACCAUGGAGUCAGUCAGCCCAGAGCACCGCCAGCAGUAUGAGGACCUGGCACUGGAAAUAUUCACCAAGCACAGUCCCAAGGACAGUCGCAGCACCACAACAGAAUGUACAAGCUGUUCAGCCACCAUCCCAGACUGCUCUAAUGCGUGUCCAAACUGCGAUACAAAGUUCCCAACCUGCAUCGUGACUGGGCGGCCCCUGAUGGAGUACCAGUUCUGGAUGUGCAGCGCCUGCAAGCAUCGCGCCUACGAGAAUGAGAUCGCCCAGAAACAGACCUGCCCACUCUGUCACACACCAGUCUAACAACUAUGUGGCCGUCUCUGUCACACACCAGUCUAACAACUAUGUGGCCCACUCUGUCACACACCAGUCUUACAAAUUAGGUUAUUGACAUUAAUUGUGUUCUCCCUUGAAUAGUUUAAGUGACAAUUCAGUGAACAAUAUGAGUAAAAUGGUUGGAACAUUUGAAUGUAUGAUGGCUGUUUGGCGGAAAAAUGAAUUAUACUUAUUAAGGUUAAGAUUAGAAAUUUCAUUUUUUUUGUGAUUUGUUAAAUAUUUUAAACCAUAUCUUAACAUUUUCUGUUAAUAUAUUGUCUUUAUUUAUGAGUGUAUGUUCUCUGGCUGUUAUCUAGACACAAUCUGCCUGGACACCUGGAUUCAUCAUGAAAGUUAAAAAACUGAUUGUAUUUUCAUUUAGGUUAUGUUUGGUGUUGAAAUAAAUCAAAGUAUUUUAAAAAUUAUGUUUUUUCUCUGUAACUCUCUUUAAUGACAUCAAGCAAUGUGUUUUCAUGAAAAUGUAUAUUUAAAUAAAUGUAUUAAAUAGUC